AUGGCCCCCAAGGUCAGAGAAACAGUCUCCACCACUACUGCAGAGCCGAACCGGGAUAUUGGAAGCUCAGACCAAAGCGAGAUCGGGUCUGACGAUGCUCUCCUUGAAUCUCUUGGAUAUAAACCAGUUCUUCAUCGAACGUACACGUUACUGGAAAGCUUUUCAACAACUUUUUCUGCCCUCUAUUUUGUUGGCGGAGUAAGGGUUACGUUCAGCACUGGAAUUGCUGCCGGUGAACUCAACAGAAAUGCUUUGUUCAGGAUAAAUUAUUUAAUCACGGCAGUAUUCACGUUUAUUACAGCUGCAGUGAUUGCAGAAAUAUGCUCAGCUCUUCCAUCUGCGGGUUCUAUAUACCUCUGGGCCGCUGAAGCCGGCGGGCCCAGAUAUGGUCGUCUACUGGGCUUUGUUGUAGCGUGGUGGAGUACCACUGCGUGGACGACAUUUUGUGCAAGCAACACUCAAUCUGCUGUCAACUAUAUGCUCGCUGAAUUGACCGUUUUCAAUGUCAACUUCCCCAAAAACGUGGAGAGCAUCAAAUUUCGAGCAGUACAGUGGAUUUGCACUGAAAUCUUGCUUGCACUAGCUGCUAUAGUUAAUUUUCUUCCACCAAAAUAUUUUAGAUGGAUUUUCUAUCUAUCUUCAUCAUUCGUGUUGCUGGACUUCAUUCUCAACGUCAUAUGGCUGCCCAUUGGCGCUCAUAAUACAUGGGGGUUUCGUACUGCCCAACAAGCAUUCUUGGAGACAUAUAAUGGCACUGGCGCACCAGCGGGCUGGAACUGGUGUCUCUCAUUCCUAGCGACUGCGGGUAUUCUGAUUGGCUUUGAUGCGUCGGGCCAUGUUGCAGAAGAGACGAAAAAUGCUUCACUGACCGCAGCCAGGGGUAUCUUUUGGAGCACCAUUGUGAGCGGGCUGGGGGCGGGGCUCACGAUCGUACUUUUCCUAUUCUGUGCCCCUGACCCUGAAACCCUAUUUUCCUUUGGUUCUCCGCAACCCUUUGUGCCCCUAUAUGCCAUUGUUCUUGGCAAGCGAGCACAUAUAGUCAUGAACGUCAUAUGCGUCAUAGCUUAUUGGUUUAACACUACUAUUGCCAUAGUGGCCGCGUCUCGACUGGUCUUCGCCGUGGCUCGUGAUGGUGUACUCCCAUUUUCAGGCUGGGUUUCCCGGGUGUCGCCUAGCGGACAGCCGUAUAACGCUAUUCUCGUUGUCUGGGGAGUUGCUGCGCUCGUGACGUGCACUAUCCUCCCAUCCACGGUGGCCUUUACUUCACUCGUCUCCGCAGCUGGUGUGCCCUCAGCAGCCGCCUAUGGUUUGAUCUGCCUGGGCCGAGUAUUCCUCACAGCGGAAAAGUUCCCAAAGCCACGGUGGAGCCUGGGUCGACUCAGUCGACCCUUUCAAAUCAUUGGAAUUUUCUGGAAUGCUUGGGUCGUUGCCAUCCUGUUUUCACCCUAUCAAUUUCCUGUCACAGGACAAAAUUUGAACUAUGCGCCCAUAAUUUUAUCCGGCGUGACUGUCCUGGCUCUGAUCUCGUAUUGGGUUAUUCCGGAAGAGAAAUGGUUCCCCAAUGCGCGAAUCUCAAAAUUUGUCAAUUCACAGCCGGUGCAGGUUUCGAGCGAAGAGCCAUUGAAAGCGAGCAGUUAA